AUGGUUCUAAAUGAAGAUGGCCGAUGGGUGAGUGGGAAGGCUAUGAAAGAUAAGUUUGUAUCUCAUUUUAAUAAGUUCUUGGGUUGUAAGGAAGAUACUGAUCUGUCGGGAUUAAGUGAUGAUUUUUUUCCUAAAAAAUUGGAUAGGAGGGUGGCUGUUAAUAUGAUUAGAGUGGUUUCUGAUGAAGAAAUUAAAAUGGCGAUGUUUGAUAUAGAUGACAAUCAUGCCCCUGGCCCUGAUGGGUAUUCUUCAAAAAAUUUUAAAAGUACUUGGAGCAUUGUUGGUCCAGAGAUCUAUAUUGGACAAUAUUCUUCUUGCUCAGGAGCUGAUGGUGGGGUACAAAAAAAAAGAGGAGCCCCUAAAUGUACGAUAAAGAUUGAUAUACAAAAGGCUUAUGAUACGGUGGAUUGGAGUUUUCUUAAUAGAAUUUUGCAGGGAUUUGGGUUCCAUCCAGUCAUGGUUAAAUGGAUUAUGGCUUGUGUUUCUUCCCCGUGGUUCAUGCUUAAUUUUAAUGGUGAAGAUCAUGGGUAUUUUGAAGGAAAGCGUGGGCUUAGGCAGGGAGAUCCUUUAUCUCCUUACCUAUUUACUAUAGUUAUGGAGGUAUUCAAUAUUAUUAUGGGUAAGCUUAUUGAAGAUUCUCUGAAUUUUAAGUUCCAUAGUAAGUGUUUGGGCCUCAAUAUAUCCCAUUUAUGCUUUGCUGAUGAUCUGUUGGUAUUCUCUUAUGGUAAUGGGAAUUCGGUCAGAAUUAUAAGGGAUGCUCUUGAUGAAUUCAAAAAGGUUUCAAGGCUGAAGGCAUCGAUUUUUAAAAUUCCAAUUGCUACUAUUAAUGAGAUUGAAAAGAUGUGCAAAAGUUUUUUAUGGGCUAAUGGUGAGAUAGUCAAAGGGAAAGCUAAAGUAAAGUGGCUAGAUAUCUGCAAACCUAAGGAGUAUGGCGGGCUGGGAAUCAAGAAUUUAAGGAGAUGGAAUGAUGCUUUGCUUGCUAAACAUGUUUCGAAUGUGAUCAAUAACAAAAAUUCCUUGUGGGUGCAGUGGGUGAGAACCAAUUAUAUAGGAAGAAGGAAUUUUUGGGAUAUUUUGCAGAAAAAAAGUAUGAGUUGGACAUGGAAGAGGUUUUUGGAAAUAAGGAAAACUGUUAGGCCUCAUGUUGUUUCGUGUGUGGGAAAUGGAAGGAACACUGCUUUAUGGCAUGAUUGGUGGCAUCCAAUUGGUAUUCUUUGUACUAUUAUUCCUAGAAGAGAUUGGGUUAGUAAUGGUCUUAGUGAUUCUUCUUUAGUCUGUGAUGUUCUUGAUUUUGAUACUUAUUCAUGGCCGGUUGAAUGGGUUAAUAAGUUUCCUGGAUUGAUUGAAGCUCCCAUGUUUUGUAUUGAUUCUAAUAUGAAUGAUGUUGUUGGAUGGAGGGAUAAGAAAGGUAUAUGCAGAAAUUUUUCAUGUAAACAGGUGUGGAGUGAUUUAAAUAACUUUGGAGACAUUGUUCCUUGGUAUGAUAUUGUUUGGUACAAUAAUUGCAUUCCUCGCAAUUCCUUUAUUUUGUGGAUGGCUGUCCUGAACAGAUUAAAAACUCAGGAUAGGGUUAGAGGUUGGGAAGUGGCUGGUAAAUUGCUGUGUCCAUUCUGUGAAAUUGUUCCUGAUUCGCAUAACCAUUUAUUCUUUAAUUGCGAUUAUACCUCUAGAUUUUGGAGGUAUUUCUGCAUUAAGGUGGGGUUAAAUUUGAAGACGGUAGAAUGGAAUGAUCUGAUUUUAAUGUUAAGCAGAAUGCUUAAUUUGAAGACUGGUGAGAAUUUGAUCAUCAAAUGUAUGAUUGCUAGCUGUGUUUCUCAUAUUUGGAGGGAGAGAAACUCUAGACUUUUUGGCUCUAGAAGAACUUCAGUUGAGGGGGUUAUAGCUAGUAUUGAGAAUGAGAUUCGUUUGAAGCUGAUGGGAUUAAGGAAAAGAGCUAAAUUGAUCAAUAAUAAGAUUUUGGGUUUGGCAGUGGUGGCAGAUUAA